AUGGCUGAUUGGCGGCUUACAGUCGGUUUUUGUGCGACUCUUGGGUCUAGUCUAAGGGACCCUGUUGCCAGAUGCAAGGCAGUCGGGCCAGAGAAAAUAGGGUUACUCGCCGAAAAGCCUGCAAGCACAAAGACCAACUUGUACAGAGCAAGUAGGUAG